AUGUCGGAAUCUCCGCCGCCCCCACCGUCAUGGAGUAUAGCCAGUAUGACCAACAACGCCGUUCAGUGGAUGCGCCUUCCGAUGCUGGCAUCGUCUGGGCUAGCUGUCGUUGCCAGUGGUCUCUUGUACUUCAAGCAAAAUGAACUGAUAUAUCCCCGAAACAUCCCCACGGACGCACGCACAAAUGUUCCUAAGCCUCGCCAGUUUGGUAUUGAGGACUAUGAGGAGCUUCAGCUUCGCACGCCUGAUGGCGAGUCUUUGCAUGCCUACUUCAUCCGUGCUCCUCCCAAACGAGUAGACCAGAACCUUACAGUCUUGAUGUUCCACGGAAAUGCGGGCAAUGUGGGCCAUCGGAUACCGAUUGCGAAAAUUAUGCAAGAGUACCUGGGCUGUCAUGUUAUGAUGUUGGAAUAUCGUGGUUACGGGCUAUCCACCGGUGUGCCGGAUGAGAAUGGGCUAAAGAUCGACGCCCAGACAGCGCUUGACCACCUGCGACAACGGGGAGAGACGGCGAACACGCGGAUUGUCGUAUAUGGACAGAGUCUCGGGGGUGCCGUGGCCAUCAACCUUGUGGCUAACAACGAAGACAAGGGUGGUAUCUCCGGGUUGAUUCUCGAGAACACCUUUUUAAGCAUCCGAAAAUUAAUACCAAGCGUCUUUCCUCCCGCGCGAUAUCUUGCUCGUUUCUGUCAUCAGACGUGGACAAGCGAGGAUGUUCUGCCGAAGAUUACCAAAACUCCUAUACUCUUCCUCAGCGGCCUGCAAGACGAGAUUGUACCGCCAUCAAACAUGACGCAACUUUUUGCCAUCUGUAACUCGAAGCGCAAAGUAUGGCGGACCCUGCCUAACGGUGCACAUAACGACAGUGUCGCCGAGCCAGACUACUUCGAGCAUAUUGAGACCUUUGUCACGGAAGAGAUACUCAAACACAACUAA